GAGGGAGAUAUCGAGAGCCCCAUGCUUUAAACACUGUUCAAACAUUUUCACUUCUCUUCUUCGAAUGAAGAAAGAUUUGACAAAAUUUGUGCGUUUUGGGGGAAAUUAAGAACCCUAAUUUACGUUUCUGCAAAAUCGUAAGCAUAAAUUAUUGAUUUGCUGUAUGUCACAUACAUGAAAAGGUGAAAAAAGUUAAAAAACGCAUCUUCUUCACCGUAUCUCCGUUGCCUGUUGUCUGUCCCUUUCUUCACCCGCUGUGUACUUUUCGAAACUUACCUCUCACCAGAUCCGUCGCUCUCUUCUUCCAAAUCCUUAACCCUACAUCUACACCUACUUCAUCGCCAUCAGUAAAUGCAGCAGUCUUCGAGUAUUCUUCAGAAUUCUUAGAAAUUUUCACCGGAUAAUCGAUUAUCGAAUGAUCAGCCUGACAUAACUUUCAAAUCCGGAAUUCAAAAGGUCGAUUCUUGCCAAGCAUUCUGUAGUAUAACAGGCUAGGGUUUUGAUGGAGGGACGAGUGAGAAAGUACGGACAUCACCAUCAACAAUUGAGUCCUGAUAGAGCUAAAGUCUGGAAGGAGAGGUCUCCUAGGUAUCAGCAACGGCAACCUGAGCCGGAGCCGGAGCAGGAGCAGGAGCUAGAGCUACAUCAGAAGAGUCGGAAAGUCCCUGUGGUUUACUAUCUCUGUAGAAAUCGACAGCUUGAACAUCCUCACUUCAUCGAAGUUCCGCUUACUUCAUCAGAGGGUCUUUUCUUAAGAGACGUAAUUGAAAAACUUAAUGUUCUCAGAGGAAGAGGCAUGGCGUCAACAUACUCAUGGUCUUGCAAGAGGAGUUACAAAAAUGGAUUUGUCUGGCAUGAUCUUUGUGAAGAUGACCUAAUUCUUCCCGCUAAUGGCAAUGAAUAUGUUCUUAAAGGCUCAGAACUCGUUGAAGAAUGUAAUUCAGGUCGUUUCACACCUCCCAUAAAACUACAAGCCCUAAAACAAUUACCAGAACCACCAUCUUCAAGAAGUCAAGAUGACUCAUCAUCUUCAACAAGCAUGAGUGGUGUUUCCCCUGAAUCAAGAGGUGAAAAAUCCACAACAUCAGGUGGUUGUCUAAGCUUAACAGAAUACAAAAUCUACAAAACCGAUGGUCUUGCAGAUGCUUCAACUCAAACAGACGAAAACAUAAAAGGUAACAAUACCAAUCACAAUAACAAUAACAUUAACAAACCCCAAGAAACAUGCACACGUGGCGUUUCAACUGAUGACAUGGCAGUAGACUCAUCUCCUCAAAACCUUAAACAAAACCCCGAGAUACAACCAGACCCAUCUCCACCUUCUUCCUCCACAAGCUCUUCAAUAGGAAAAACAGAAACUUUGGAAUCUUUAAUCAAAGCUGAUGCUAGUAAGUUAAAUAGUUUUAGAAGACCAGAAAUUCAAAGCAACACAAAGCUUAGGGCUACAGAUAUGUUGAUGCAAUUGAUUUCAUGUGGGUCAAUUUCUGUCAAAGAUCACAGCUUUGGGUUAAUCCCAUCUUACAAACCAAGAUUUUCAGAUUCAAAAUUCCAAUCUCCUUUGUUUUCAACAUCUGUAAUGUUGGGGGAUCUUGAUUGUUUGCCUGAAAAUCCAAGAUUUAUGAGUAUGAGGUUAGAAGAUAAAGAAUACUUUAGUGGGAGUUUAGUGGAAACAAAAGUCAUCAAAGAAGAAGGCGUCCCUACUUUAAAAAGAUCAUCUUCCUACAAUGCUGACAGGAGUGAAAAUAGCGAUCAAGUUUCAGAAACAACACGUACAAAGUGCAUACCAAGAUCACUCAAGGGUAAAAACGUAAAAAGUGAACCGAUGAGAUCUCCUAUUUCUGAUGGGCCUAGAAUUUCAUCAGAAGGCCCAAGUUCAAGAAUCGUGUCACCUUGCCCUUCGAAUUGCAGUAGUAAAAGAAUGACAACCAAGAAACAAUCAGGAAGAUUGGAGUCUUUUCGGGAAGAGAAGGAUAAUAUGGUCAAAAUCGAAGAAAGGCUGGCUUCAGGAGCUAGGGUUAUAAUUCAUUCAGAAGCACCAUGUGAUACAGAAAUUUACUCGUAAGUUUGUUGAAAUUCUUGUUGUAUUCAAAAUUGUUGUCUGAUUUAGGCAAUUAGAAUUCUUCCAUGGGUAUUUUGGUAAAUUGGGUCUGUGAAAAAAUUUGAAAAAUAUCCAAGAAAAAAAAGGUGGGAGUAAUUUAAGGAGAGGUGGGGUGAAUUGAGUAGCCCCUCCCUUUUUGCCUUUUUAUAGUCAGCUUUUAUGGCUUUACAACUAUAGAUUCGGCUUUCAUUACUGCAUAGAUUCUAUUAUUCUAUUAUA